UCAACUCAUCUUGAAAUGUCAUUGGAGUCAUCAUUCUCUAGUGAGAAGAAACAAAUGGGUUCCGCCGGAUUCGAAUCGGCCACAAAGCCACACGCAGUUUGCAUUCCCUUCCCUGCACAAAGCCACAUCGGUGCCAUGCUCAAGCUAGCAAAGCUCCUCCAUCACAAGGGCUUCCACAUCUCCUUCGUCAACACCGAGUUCAACCACCGGCGGCUGGCCAGGGCCCAAGGCCCCGAGUUCACGAAUGGAACGCUGAGCGACUUUCAGUUCCUGACGAUCCCGGAUGGUCUUCCUGCCUCGGAUGAGGACGCGAUACAGGACAUGCCGAUGCUCUUCGACUCGAUGAGGAACGAUAUGGCCGGUCCCUUCGGUGAUCUCAUGUUGAGCCUGGGCUCAAACCCGAGUGUCCCUCCGGUGACUUGCGUCGUCUCGGAUGGUUUCAUGACGUUCGCGACGAGUCCCACGGCUUCGAAAUAUGGGAUUCCACUCAUACACUUGUUCACCAUAUCCGGUUGUGCCCUCAUGGCGGUGAAACAUUUGCGAGCCCUGGGAGAAAUGGGUCUUGCGCCACUCACAGAUGAAUCCCAAUUGACGAACGGGUACGGGAACACCCCUAUCGAUUGGAUCCCUGGAAUGAAAAACAUGAGGCUAUGCGACAUGCCUCACUUCUUCCGAAGCUCCGGCUCCGAUGACACUUUAUUCAACUUCAUCGCUGACACUGGCCGCAAGACCGAUGACGCCACGAUGACCAUUGUCCACACCUUUGAGGAACUUGAGCCGGAUGUGCUCCAGGCCCUCUCCUCAAUAAUCCCAAGGGUUUAUGCGGUCGGACCACUUCACUUAAUGAUCGAUCGAAUUGCUCGAGAAAAAUCAUUUUCCUCGAAGCACAUUGAGUGCAAUUUGUUGGAAGAGCACAAUGAGUGCCUCUGGUGGUUGGACUCGAAGGAGCCAAAGUCCGUAAUCUAUGUGAACUUUGGGAGUAUAGCAUUCAUGACGCACCAACAAUUGGUUGAAUUCGCUAUGGGAUUGGCUAAGAGUAAUCGGUGUUUCUUGUGGGUCUUGAGACCUGACUUAGUGAAUGGAGACACAACGACUCUUCCUAAAGAGUUUGUUGAGGAAACAAGAGAGAGAGGCUUUUUAUCUGGGUGGUGUCCCCAAGAGAGAGUGUUGUGCCACCCUUCAAUUGGAGGUUUCUUGACGCAUUGUGGUUGGAACUCGACCAUCGAGAGCUUGUCAGCGGGAGUUCCUAUGCUAUGUUGGCCGUGGUUUGGAGACCAAUCAACGAAUUGCAAGUAUAUAUGUGAUGAUUGGGGGGUUGGUUUGGAGAUGGAUGGUAAUGUGAAGAGAGAUGAAGUGGAGAGGCUUGUGAGGGAGUUGAUGGAAGGAGAGGUGGGGAAGAAAAUGAGACACAAGGCCAUGGAGUGGAAGAAGAUGGCAGAAGCAGCAUCUAGUGAAAAAGGGUCAUCUUCCAUGAAUUUGGACAAGUUGCUGGAUGAGGUUUUGUCUGAAUAGUGUAUUGUGAUGUUUUUCUGUAUGCGCUAUUUUCCUCAAUAGAAGAUUUUCUAUGAUAAUGGCUUAUGUAUGAAUUUAAGUAAAAAUAAAUGCGAUUGAUAUGCAUAUUUGUAA